CACGAGAAAGCGAUGCGGUAUCCCCGCGGUCAGGGCGUGCAGUUCCUCGUGUCUCGUGUGUGAUAGUGGCAUUUUUGUUUUUUUUUGUUGUUUAUUAUUUACAAUAAAAUAAUAUUGUGAUUAUAAUUAUUAUUAAUACAUAUUAAUAAUUAUAAAUAAUAUAACAAUUAAUAAUACAUCAUUAUUUAAAAUAAAUUUUUCAUCAUUUUUUAUUUUCCUGUUCAUCAAAAAAUUGGUACACACAUAUACCAAUAAAAUUUACUCAUAAAUUACAUACACAUAUACAAUAGUGACGACACUGAGAAAAAAAGUAUAAAAAACUGUGUGAAUCUCGUCCCAGUGUGACGACAAAAAUAUAUAUAUAUAUCACACAUAUAUAUAUAUUAAUAUAAAAAAAAAAAAAAAAGUUUCUUGUGAUAAAAAAAAAAAAUCCAGAACUCCUGAUUAUUAGUCAUUUAUAAUUAGUUCUAUAAAAAGUACCAAAUAAUAAUGUAAAUUGUGAAUUUAAAAAAAUAUUAUUUAUAUAUUAUUUUAAAUAAAAAAUUAAGUGGUAGAAAGUGUUAAAUAUAUCUAUAUAAAUAUAAAUAACAUUUUUUUUUUUUUUUUAUAUAUGUAUAUAAUAAUAAUAUAAAAUAUUGAUGUUGAUGUGUGUGAGGAAAGUUUGUCGGAGCGUGUCGGCGACGCUGUGUAUAUGACGGAGGUGAAUGCACGAGAGACGACAACGACGACGACGACGACGACGGAGUUUUGUCCCCCUUGUAUGUGUACGUCUCUACCUUAAUAAUAACAACAACGAGUUAUCAAGUGCGUCUGUGUUGUGUACCUCAUAUUAAAAUUACGUACAACGCGACAGUAAAAUUUUUGAGGGAAAAAAAAAAAAAAAAUCUAAAAUUAUUAUUGUUUUUUUUAUUUAAAUAUUAUAAAUAUUAUUAUUAUAAAUUAGUAUCUAGAGCGUCAAAAAGAUACAAAAAACAAGUAAAAAAAAAAUAGUGUGAGAGAGUGUAGAAAUCACAACAACAACAACAGAGAAAACUUCAAACAACUCCAAAAUAAAACAACUACUCCAAAUAAGUGUUUUAUUAAUAGCCAAAAUUUAUAUAAAAAAAUAUUAUUAAAUAAUAUUAAAAAUAUACAUAUGUUGUCACCGGUUUAAAUUGAAAAUUAUUAUUUAAAAAAAAAUAUAAAUAAUAUAAACGUCAAAUAAGAGAGGAUUAAAAAUUUGUGAAAAUUUAUUUGAUAAUUGAGUGAAUAAUAUUUGCUUGAUAUAAUAAUAAUUAUUAUAAAAAAUAUAAACAAAAAAAAGGACAAAUUAAUUUGAAUAAAUUAUCAAAAAAAAAAAGAGAGAGAGACAGAGUGGGGAGUGACGUUGCUGGGCGUCGAAAUUGGACGUUACACGUUUUGUUGUUAUUUUGCCGUGGUGCUUUUGACCCUUUGGCGGGCGAGUUCACUGCAGGCAUUGCCGCGGGGGUGUUCGGUGCCUUCGUGCGUAGCGACGCAAACGGUCACGAUCGCCGUCAUCCCCUAUUGUCGCUUUUCAUCCCCCUUUUAUUUUUAUUUUUUUUAAUUUUCCUCUCUUGCAACACACUACCGCCUUCUCUUAAACAGCUACAUUAUUAAUAAAUUAUUACAAUAAAUAAUGUUUUUAAUUAUUAAUUCUUGACAAUUAAUUAUUUGAAAAAAAAAAACAUAUACAUAUAAGCUUUUUUCAAUAAUUGAGAUAUAAUUUUUUAAACAAAAUAUAUACGUAAUAAUUUUAAGCUGUCAAUAUUUCAUGAUAUAAAUAUUUGAUUAAUUUUAAAACUGUGUGACAACUGUGUUAAUUUGACAGAUGGAAUGAUAAUAAUAAUAUACAGGAAAAAAAAAUAUAUCUUGCUUUGGGAUAUAUAAAAAAAAAAUUGACAAAUCAAGUUGAUAAAAUUAGCAACAAUUGAAGAUUAUCUAGAACGUAAAUCAGUGAUUAAUUUGUGAAUUGUUUGUGCAAAUUAUUAACGUGUUUUAUUUAUUUAUUUGAAAGUUUUUCUUUUUUUUUGUUUUUUUGUGUACACGUUGCUUCUCUGACAACACCAGUGGAUUUUGUGUGAAUCAACAAACUAGUGAAUUUAUUUAUUGUGUAAAAAAGUUUUAUAAAUAAUUAAACUAUAUAUUUGUUUUUUAAAUUUUAUUUAUUUAUUUGUGGAUAUUUUGUUGGUGAUUGUUUUGGAUACCUCAUGACACGUUUUAUCAAAAAAACAAAAUUAUUUUUGUGACAUCUUUAUUGUGCCACGAAUAAGUUUUGAAAAGACAACAAAGUAUAUAACCCAAGAUCCAGUAAUGCCUCUUCACUCAUAUAAAUAAGCUAAAAAAAAAUAUUACGUAUAAAUACAGGGUAAUCAUCUUAUAAUAAAAAUUUAAUUAAAUAAAACUGUAUAGGUGAUUUGAGUGAUCACUUUUUUCCAUAAAAUAAAAUAAUAAAAAAUAAAAAAAAUAAUAAGGGAAAGAAAGGAGGGCCUGACGAGCCCCAUGUUGUGAGUGUCACAAAAUCUGCCGCAGGCAGUGAAAAAGUGGAUCUGCUGGUAUGGAGUAUGACGGUGGUGGUGGCGGCGGUGGAGGCGGUGGAAGUAGCACUAGUGGAGCCCGAGAAGAAUUUCAAGAUUCACCACCAGGUCCACACGUUAUUCCUGGUAACCCUCAAUCAAUUGAGGCCUACAGAGCAUGGUGUAGACAUGAGCAGUUGAUGAUGAUAGAGCUUGCAGAACAAGAAAUGUGUGGUCGAGGUCGGGGAAGUGUUCAACAACCUACAGCAAGUACACGCGUUAUCCCAAGCACUGAUGCAGUUGAUGCAGCAUGGCUCAAACGUGAACAGCUGUUUAUGUCACAAUUAUCAAAAGAAUCACAACAACUGAGUGGCAGAUCAGGAAGUGGUGGUGGACCACUUUAUGGAAGAUUGGUGUCCGAAGAACCACCGCUACCAGUAUGUGGAUCUGGAAGUGGUACAACGAGUAGCCUACCGUUGGAAAAACCAGCAGAUAUUCAUGCGAUGCAAGCAAGAAUACCUCAUAGAUUUCGAGAUCCAGCAACAGCUCCACUCAGAAAACUUAGUGUAGAUCUUAUUAAAACCUACAAGCACAUUAACGAGGUAUACUAUGCCAAGAAAAAAAGAAGAGCGCAACAAAUGCAAGGUGAAGAUAGCUCUCAUAAAAAAGAAAGAAAACUUUAUAAUGAUGGCUGGGAUGAUGACAACCACGAUUAUAUAAUUAAAAAUGGUGAAAAAUUUUUAGAUCGAUAUGAGAUUGAUUCUCUAAUAGGUAAAGGCAGUUUUGGUCAAGUAGUAAAAGCAUUUGAUCUUGAGGAACAAACACUAGUGGCAAUAAAAAUCAUUAAAAAUAAAAAACCUUUUCUCAAUCAAGCGCAAAUUGAAGUUAGGUUAUUAGAAAUGAUGAAUAGAGCUGAUACCGAUAACAAGUAUUAUAUAGUUAAACUAAAAAGGCAUUUUAUGUGGAGAAAUCAUUUAUGUCUGGUAUUUGAACUACUGUCUUACAAUCUUUAUGACCUACUUAGAAAUACAAAUUUUCGAGGGGUAUCAUUAAACCUCACGAGGAAGUUUGCACAACAAUUGUGUACUGCCUUAUUAUUCCUAUCAACACCGGAAUUGAACAUCAUUCACUGUGAUUUAAAACCUGAAAAUAUAUUAUUGUGCAAUCCAAAAAGAAGUGCGAUAAAAAUUGUUGAUUUUGGUAGUUCUUGUCAACUUGGACAAAGGAUAUAUCAAUACAUUCAAUCUAGGUUUUAUCGUUCACCUGAAGUUUUACUUGGUAUACCUUAUGAUUUAGCGAUAGACAUGUGGAGUCUUGGAUGUAUUUUAGUUGAAAUGCAUACGGGUGAACCAUUGUUUAGUGGUGCUAAUGAGGUUGAUCAAAUGAAUAAAAUUGUGGAAGUAUUGGGUUUGCCACCAAAACAUAUACUAGACCAAGCGCAUAAAGCAAGAAAAUAUUUUGAUAAAGUACCAACUGAUGGUUCAUAUGUGCUAAAAAAAUCAAAAGAUGGUAAAAAAUAUAGACUACCUGGUACAAGACGAUUACAAGAAAUUUUAGGUGUUGAAACUGGUGGUCCUGGUGGUAGAAGAAGUACCGAGCCAGGUCAUUCAAUAUCUGAUUAUCUUAAAUUUAAAGAUCUUAUACUUAGAAUGCUUGAUUUUGAUCCAAAAACAAGAGUUACGCCGUACUAUGCAUUACAGCAUAAUUUUUUUAAAAGAACUGCUGAUGAAGGGACCAACACAAAUAUAGCAGCUGCCAAUAGUGCAAAUACAAGUCCGGCAGUAGUUUCAAUGAGUCAAGACAGUGGACUAGUAACUAUGUCAGGUCAGGCAAAUGGCAGUAGCAACAACAGUUUAAUGCAAGUGCCAAAUAUUCCAAGUGGUAGCUAUCAACCAAUGGAGUGUGAAUCCUCACCUCGACAUACUAGUAAUCGUCGUCAAUUAGCACCUGGUUAUUUAUCGACGACAACAACAACAAUUGAGACAUCAAAUACAUCAACAAUAUCAUCAUCAUCAAUACAAUCAUUGGAUAAUAAUUCACGUAUACAAAGUUCACUUGGUACAAUAAUAUUACCUGCAAUGAUAACAUCACCAAUGAUACAACAACAAAAUUAUUACAAAUAUGGAUAUCAAAAUAAUGAUACACAUACUAUUGUUGGACGACAACAAACAACAACAACUGUUAAACAACGUGAUCCUGAACGUGAGGAUAGUCCAAUGGUUGGUGUUUGUGUACAACAAAGUCCAGUUGCAAUACAUUGAAUUAAUUUAUGCCAAUUUAACAUGAUAAUGACAAUUUAAUAUCCCAAGAACUGAAUUUUUAUAAUUAUUUUUCUUCUCAUGGGAUUAUUAUAUAUAUAUAUUAUUAUAUAUAAAACAAAAAUAAACAAAAUGAAAUAAUAAUUUAAUAUAUACAACGGCAUUUAAAAGCUAUGUUUUUAUUGUUUUUAUUAUCUAACAAGAUUUUAAAUAAAUAAUAUUAAUAACAAACAGGUAAAUAAAUUAUAUUAAUGAUAGUAAUUUUUAUAAAUUACAAAACAAACAAACAACAACAAAUUUAAUAUGGCCCAGUUAAGGAUGAACCCAGCUGGCUUUGUUUUUUUAUUUUCUUUCAAUUUAAAAUUUAUUUAAUAUAUUUUUUUUAAUUGUCAAGCCUUGAUGGCAAUAUUAUAAUUAGUACAACAAUAAAAUAAAACAUGAUAUUUUUAACGUUUGUAAUAUUGAUUUAAAUUAAAAAACAAAAAGAAAAAUACAAAAUUUAAAAUGAUUUUUUAUACUAAAAAAUAAUUUAAAUAAUUAUUUUGUGUUUUUUGAUUAUUUAAAAGAAAAAUUAUAAGUUUGUUUUGAAAAUAUUAAUAAAAUUCUUGAAAUAUAUAUUUACCCUGUUAAUUUAAACAAGCUUAAAGCCGAUGAAAAUUUUUUUUGAAAUAAAGAAAAAAAAAGAUACAAGAAGAAAAAUAAUACAUACAGCUAAUUUUUGUUGUAAAAAUGAAUUGAAAAAAAAAAUAAUAAAAUUUGGCAUAUAUUUAUGUGGCCUAGAGAGUAACAGCUAAUUGCUCUUUCAUUGAAAAAAAAAAAAUCCCAGCUAUAAAUAAUAUAAUCGUGUACUCCAAUCAAGUUUUAUACAAAGUGUCACGAUAGUAACAAUUUAGUGAAUAAUGACUAGAAAAAAAUAAAUAAACACAGAUUUGAAUGAUACUUAUUUGUACAAUACACUUAGAUGAAUGAUAAUAUGAAUAUAAUGAAGUACGGUGUGCAGCUUUAGGGUUUAAUUAUUAAGGACAAAAAUGUGAAAUAUUAUAGCAAAAAAAACUCUUCAACCCUUUAUUUUCACACGAGUUUUCUGAACGAUUUAAUCACGGAAAAUAAAAAUAAAAAAAAUAAUUAAUUAUUUAAUUAAAAUAAAAAACCAUUGUAGAAGAGUUAUGCCAUGUAUGUUUGUGUUAUGUGUGUGUGUAAAAUGUAUGAGUGAAAUUUUUCGUGUGAAAGUGUGAUAAAAAGGGUGGCAAAAAUAUAAUGGUUUGUUGCUAAACAAGGACUCGAAACAAACCAUCCUUGUGCCGCUUAAACAAUACAUAUUUAUACAUAAAAAAAAUGCAUCGAUAAGAAAGUUUUUUAAAAAAAAAAAAAUAUACAUUUAAGAUUUAUUCAAAAUGAUAUAAUCAUACGAAAAAAAAAAUACAAAAAAAAAUAUAAAAUAUAAAAAGAAAAAAAAAAAAAAAAGCAUAGAUAAUAAAAAUACAAAAAAUUAAAAAAUCCAUUUCGGUCGUAGUCAUAUUUUUUAAAUAAUUUCUUGACAUAUUUUUUAUUUCUUGAGAUAAAAUUUAUAAUUAUCACGAUGUAAUUAAUUGAACAAAUAAUUUUUAUUUUUUAAUUUGAUAUAGUUUAAAUUGGUUUAAAAAAUAAAAAAAGUUUUGUUGUUUUGUAAAUUAAUAAUUUAAUAAAUUUUUUUUUUUCUUUUUAUUUUUACAUGACUGGUUUAGAUUAUAAGUAAAAUAAUUUAGGUAUAAUUUAUUAUUAACAUGUAAAUUUUAAUUUAAUUUAAAAAUUAUUUGUUUCAAUUAUUUUCAUCGUGAGUAUAUUAAAUUAAACGGUUUGAGCGAAUUUUUAUUUCAGUCAAAAUUAAUCAGCACAACGCUCUUCCAUUAAAAAAAAAUUAAUUUAAAAAAAUUGACAAAAUUUAUAAAGUAUAAUAUUGUGACAUCAAUUAUUUUUAUUGUGAUGUUAAAUAUUGGCUUUUUCUUUUCAAUGAUAAUUUGUAUAUUUUUAUACAUGUCGGAGGGAAAAAAAAAUAAAUAAUGUAAAAAAAAAAAAAAUGUUUGAAUUAACAAUAUAAGCCGAUUAUAAAUGUUACAAGAAAAUUAAAAUACUGACAUAUGCAUUUAGCCUGAGUUUAAAUAUUCGCAUUAUACAAAAAAAUUUAAUUAUAUUUAUCUAAAAUUAUUUAUUAUCUAUUAUUUUUUUUUUCACCCAAAACUCUUUUGUCCAUCAAUAAGUCUGUGAAAGUAGAAAUCUCUUGCUAAAGAUAAAUUAUUUUUUAUUGUUACUAUUAUUACUAUUAACUCGCCAUCAAAUUCUACAAAGAAAAAACAAUUUAAAGGCAUGAAUUAACGUAUUAAUAAACAAAUAGCAAAAUGAAAAAACAAAUGAUAAUAUUAGCAAUGAAAAAAAAAAAGAUUUCAUCAUUCAUUAGAGUUCAUUUUCUUAUUCUGUACCCAAAAAAUCAUGUAAAAAAAAAAACACAAUUAUAAUUAUUUUUUCAUACAUAUUCAAAAUGAAACUUUAAAAGUUUAAUGCCUUUUUAAAAAGAUGCAAUAUAGUAUCGCAGACUGAUAAACAUGUAACUUUACAAUAACCGAUGUAGAUAGAAAUAAAAAAAAAAAAUAAAUAAUAUAAAAAAUUUCUUAUUAAUACAGCAAAACUGCCGAAUAAAAUUGAAAAAUGCCGGAAAUUAUAAAAUGAAUAAUCAUUUAUUUAAUAAAAGUAAUACGUAGUUAUUACGAUGACUGAUAAAACUUGAUGAUUGAUUUUUGGGUACUGAAUUUUAGAUUUUGACAAAAAUAAAAAAAAAAUAACAAUAAUUUUAUUCAAUGAUAUAAAUUUAACGUUAUUAAAUAUAUUUAAAUUUUUGUUUUGUUAAAAACUGUACAAAUUUUUAAUAUCAAAACUUUGUUUUUAUCAUUUGUAUAUUUUUUGUAAAUUAUUUUUUAACAUUAUCAUUGAAUAAUUUUAGAGACUUAUGUUAAUUACAAGACAAACUCUUGGCCCUAGAAUGUUUUAUAAAAUUUCGAUUUAAUGAGUUUUGGAUGAAAAACAAGACAAAAAAAAAAAAAAUUAAUUAAUAAUCAUAAUAGCAAUAAACAUUGUAUUUAUCCAAUGGAAACAUUAACAAUCAUACUUUUUACUUAAUAUAUCAUUGAUUGAUGUCAAAAAAAAAAUUAUAAAAAAAAAUCCAAACAACAUUACUAAAAAAAUAUUCAAACAAAUAAUCUGCGAAUACUAUUUUUCAUUUCAUUUAUGCAUUAUCAAAAAUUUUGUCGUGGCCAGUUAAAGAAAAAUAAAUAAAUAUAAUUCCUGACGUCAUGUGUAAAAACAUUGUGUUCAGUAAAUAAAAAUAUAAAAAAAAAAAAAACUAAUA